CAGGUACUCUUUAUCAAAUUGUAAAUGAAGAGGCCAUAUUUAUUCAAAUGCUUACUGACAACACUGAUUGAUAACUAUCAAGGCCUUAAUACUCUCUAGAAUAUCCUGUAUUUUUAAAGGAUGAAAGUAGUUUCAGCCCUUAAUGCUUUCCAGUUUUUUUUUAUUCUCAUAGAAAGCAUCUCUCUGUUAAAACCAAAAGAGAAAGAAAGAUCUUGUUUUAUUAUUCUGUCAUUAGGUAAGCCUGACAGUAAGAUGAUCAUGAUCUGAAAGCUUGCAUUCUGUUAUUGAUAUUCAGAUACUAGAAUCUGAUAGAUUAAUCAGAUUCAACAAAGAAUGGAUAUUAAAAAAUACUGUGAGAUAAGUACUCUCUGUUCUUCAACUGUUCUUAAAUACUGUUCUUAAACUCAGAUAUGAGGCACAUAAUGGAUAGGUUCAAGUUAACAGAAAACUUAUGUGGCUUUAAGGUAAACUAAACACGUCAUGAAGAUUGCACUGCUGAUUUAAUGGGAGUUAUGAAGAAAACUCUUGGAUAUAAAUACCUUCUAAACACAUAAGUUUUACGCUGACAUGAGGAAAGACGGUUACAUAGCCUUAAAAUGAAUUUGUAAUGCACAAAAUGGACAUUUUCUCCUUUUUUUAGAUAUAUCAAAAGCAGGAGCAUUCUUCAAAAUUGUAGGCCAAAGUUGUCUAUUGCAUUUAGCUGUGAAGAUGUGAGACAGGCUACCAGAGCUAGAAUCCCUGCUAUCCGUGAUGCUGAGACUGAAUAAGAGGAAAGCUGGUAAUGUACAAAGAGAAGUGUGGUGCAUCCAUGUAAGGUGCUAUUCAUAUUUCUAUUGUGGUAUAAGGGUCUUUUAUAUAAAGGUCAUUUCUUGCAAAGUUUGACUAAUAUAUCAUGCUUAUCACCUAUUUCAUUUUUAUCAGAUUUAUUUAUUCCUAAUAAAAAAUAUAAAGCCAAAAUUAUUGUUUUUAUUUGUGAAUUUUAUGCAGGCAAUCCUGUAUGGGUGACUCAAACUCUCCCCUUGCCUUAGACAACAUACUGUACUCAAGGCUACCAAAAGAACUCAGCCUAAUGUCUACCUUCCUACAAGUAUAUUGUUGUGAAAGCAAUGAGUCACAGAAAAUCCUUGAAAACACCAAAUAAUUGAGUGGUUCCUGAAAUUCAGUCAGAUUCCUGCAAGCAAAUCUGAGCAUGUAAAGGAUCAUGGCUGAAACUGCAGUUUGCCUGGGAACAUUCACUGCUGUGAAGACACUUUGGGAAGUGAGAAUACACAAGAUAAAUGAAGAAUUACAGAAAGAAAAGGAAUUCAGGCAGAGGUCUGCAGGAAGGCUACUACUUGUCUGGGAGGAGAGAGCUGCUUUAGCAAAGCUCAAAGAAAAAGUUAUUAAUGAAGGUGGAAGAGCAAUUUUAAGGAUAGAGGAAGAAGAAUGGAAGACAUUACCUUCGUGCUUAUUGAAACUAAUCCAUCUCCAGGAAUGGCAGCUUCACAGAACUAGUUUGCAGAAAAUUCCUCAGUUUAUUGGAAGAUUUCACAACCUUGUUGUUCUGGAUCUGUCCCGGAACUCAAUUGAAAGUGUACCGAAAGAAAUUGGCCAGCUGACCAGCCUCCAAGAGCUGCUUCUCAGUUACAACAGAAUAAAAUCUGUUCCUAAGGAAAUAAGUAACUGCAUCAGUCUGGAAAGAUUGGAACUGGCUGUCAAUAGAAGUAUCUCUGAUCUUCCUCCUCAGCUCAGUGAUUUAAAGAAGCUGUCACACAUAGAUUUGUGCAUGAAUCAGUUUACUGCCAUCCCUCCAGCUCUUCUCAACAUGCCAAAUCUAGAAUGGUUAGAUAUGGGGGGAAACAAACUCCAGGAGCUUCCUGAUACAAUUGACAGAAUGGAAAACCUCCACACUUUAUGGCUCCAGAGGAAUGAAAUAAACUCUUUGCCAGAAACAAUUGGUAAUAUGAAAAAUCUUAGUACUCUUGUUCUUAGCAACAACAAACUCAAGGAUAUUCCAGUUUGUAUGAAGGACAUGACAAAUCUGAGAUUUGUCAACUUCAGAGACAACCCACUGGAGCUAGAGGUAACACUCCCUCCAUGUGAGAACACAGACGAGGAGGAGCAACAGGAAAUGUUUGGCAUUGACUUCAUGCACAUGUAUAUCCAGGAGUCACUCAAGAAAACAGGCAUGGCUUUUUUAUUAAUUCUGAUCUCUCCACAAUACAGUGAGGAAGAGAGGGAUAAAUAAAAUCUAGGAGAUGUAUAGAAAUGAAACAUGAAUAACCUUCUUAAUAAGUGAGUAACAUAUUCCAAAAGAAAUCUGUGAACAGGCUUUUACUGAGGGCAGGGGCACUUUUAACAGGAGUUGGCACAGAAAGUCUCCAACAAACAGCAUAGAUUCUGGUAGGAACAUACUGGAACCAUGGAGCACUGUAAUAAAUGUGCCUGAGUUACCUACACAUGGAUAAAGAGAAGCUGAUGACUGUCUUUUGUAUUUGCAAUUUAAUCAGUUUACAUAGUGAAGGUCUUCUAGCAUCCUUUAAUUCAUGAAGCUCAACUUUUCCUAUUUUUGGAUGUUACCCAGAUGGUACUUCCAGAGGAAGACUAAGGGAGAAAUGUCUA